AUGGGCGGUGCACAAGCAUUGCUGUGCUCCUGCUGGGAGCGCCAGAAGCUGCCCACAGAAAUCCCACCUGGACCAGCUCCCCCUCCAACACGCACCCACGAGCCCUCGGCAAGUGCGGCUGCAGCUGACGUAGGCGAAGACGAUGAAGAGGCGGACUUCGAUCUUCACACGGCGAACACCUUCUUGGAGUAUCGCCAGGUGGCAUGCAUAAAAAAGCGCAGCCACAGCAUGCCAAAAAGCAUGCGACCAUGCAGAGUCGAGACGGUCAUUCCUGCGGCGGCAGGCAACAUGGAGGCUCACGACAAGGUUAGUCGUGUUCCCGAAAUGCCGCCCCUGGAUGAUCGGUUCGAGCCGUUCUUAACCCCUGAGAUGGUUUCGGCAGAGCGGCGCUGGAAGCGCGAGGUUCUGGGGCGGCUGGCGUGGCGAAACGUGCCAGCCAGGCCUCAUAGCUGUGCGUAUACAUGCACGCAAUGCUGCCAGUUGUCGAACGACAGUUGGCGACUGGCAUCAAUUGAUCCAGUGAGGGUUCCGGGACAUGCUGACCCCUGCAGGGCUCUACAUAUCAUGCCUAGACUUCCCGAGCGUGCGAUUGUGGGAUGGCGAAGAGGCACAGCCCAGUGA